AUGUUCUUUUCAGGGCGAUACUCAGCUCUGCUCAGCAAGGGUUCCAAGACUAGGUAUCAUGAUCAUGCUACGAUUACCGCGCCGCUCUUCACUGGCGAAGCACUUUCUCUUGCUGGAGAGACUGUAUUCCCUCAAUAUGCACUGUAUGGACAUGUGAUCGAGCAGGAAGCACCGGGCUUUGCCUCGACCAUUCAGGUGUCGCAGGUGUUUGUCAAUUCGAACUCCCCCUUCAGCGCUGUGAUAUGUGGAGUGCAGGGCUCCGGGAAGAGUCAUAGCACGAGUGUACUGCUCGAAAGUUGUCUGAUCAAGGAUGACCGUGUCGGGACAUUGGGUGCUCCCCUCAGCGGCCUAUUAUUCCAUUUUGACACGGCUGCCGGCGGGGGCGACGGUGUGCAACCGUGUGAGGCGGCUUACCUGGCAUCACUGGACCCGCUCCGUGGUGAGAAUGCUAUCCCGCCCGCUGUGACUGUCCUAGUUCUGCCCAGUUCGCUCAAGUCCAUGCGAAAAGUUUAUAAAGGACUAUCCGUUGAUGUUCGGCCACUUCAUUUCGCAGAACGAGAUAUCAGUGCGGAACGUCUGCUCUGCAUGAUGAAGGUGGAUGGUGACUCGCAAAUGCCGCUCUAUAUGUCGAAAGUAAUGGCACACCUCCGCAAAAUGGACCAGUUCUCGUAUAGCGACUUCCUUCGUUUUGUGGAGGAGGAAGAAUUCGCCGCUACGCAGAAGGCAAUGCUCAAGCUGCGCUUGGGUCUUUUGGACGCCUGCUUGGAGGGGGGAACAGACGCCAACAGCGUUUCGACGCACUUUGGUCGCGGUAAACUGGUUAUUAUCGACCUGUCAUCGCCAUUCAUGGACGCCUCAUCAGCGUGCGGAUUUUUUGACAUGAUCCUUGGAAUCUUCAUCGAAGCAAAGGUCGACUCAUCGGGGAAGAUUGUUGUACUUGACGAAGCUCAUAAAUAUCUGACUGAACGUGGAGCGUCAUCACGCCUCACCGAGUCGCUUCUGUCUGUGAUACGGCAGCAGCGGCAUCUUCGCACCCGUGUGGUGAUUUCCACUCAAGAACCUACCGUCGUGCCAAGCAAAAUUCUCGACCUAUCUAAGUCAGCCGAUUUAGAUCCGUGGUUCUCCAAGAUCGUAUCUUUAGGAACAGGAGAAGCGUUGGUGUUCGCUUCGUCGGGUUUGAGCGUUCGUGAGCUGCCAGACGGCGCUGUCAAUGGCGCCGAUCGGUCUAUCCAUGGAGUGAAGCAGAUUGCUGCGCUCGGGGCAGGGUAUCUGCAUGUCAAAUCUCGUCUUCGCAUCACCAUCGAUGGCGGACAAUCGAUGCUGGCCAUUCAGGUUCCAGUGCUCGAUUCCGACCUUGGCGAAGAAGAUGAAGCCUCCUCCCAUGCAUCCCACAAAUCGCGGGAUAUCUGCGAACCACAUGCACGCAGUGCUCAUCAUAACGUCACAGCAACCAAGUCUAAUCCAGUACGCGAGGGCAAGCAACGCCUCCAAGAAUCAUCCCCGCCCCCGAAUUGGGCGGAACUGGCAGCCUCCACUCCUACGGCUCAUCCGCCCGUUAUCUCUUCGACCCUCUCCUCCACCUCAUCGGAGGCCGGCUCAUCCACAACGUCAGGGUCUUCUACCAGUGAUGAAGUGCCCAACUUCUCGCCGCUCGUAGAGUUCCUCCAGGAUGCACCGGCGAACAGAGCCAAAUACUCCAUCAUCGGCGAUGCGAUCAGGUCCAAAUAUCCAGGGACCUACCCUGUCGGUAAAGGAGAGUUGACCAAGUACAUCGCACAGGCUGCCGCUUGUGGUAUCGUCACUGUGGGUGGUAGUGGUGUGUACUCCUGGGCCCAGUUGCAAGACGACACUCGACCCUCCCUGGGGCACGACAGCUCUGAAGGCUCCGACUCGGAAGCCUCGUCUGACGGUUGGGCGUAG